AUGCCUGACCAGGAAGCUACCAUUGGAGUAAUUGGCGGCAGCGGCCUCUAUGACAUGGACGGGAUGACCGAUGUCCAUUACAUAGACGUAGAUACUCCUUAUGGUAAACCCAGCGACAGUGUGGUGGUGGGCACCCUGGAGGGAACGAGGGUCGCUUUCCUGCCGCGGCAUGGCAGAGGCCAUCGCAUAAACCCAACAGGCAUUCCGGUGCGGGCCAACAUUUACGCCCUGAAAGUCCUGGGAGUGCAGCGACUUAUUUCCGUCAGCGCUGUGGGUAGCCUCAAAGAGGACUUUGCCCCAUUGGACCUGGUGGUUCCGGACCAGAUUAUCGACCGUACUCGGCAGCGUCACAAUACGUUCUUUGACGAAGGCGUAGUUGCCCACGUGGGUUUUGCGGAGCCCUUUUGCCCCGGUGCCAGCAGCGUUAUCGCCGCUUCCGGUCAGGAAGUCGGUGUCACCACCCACCUGGGCGGGACGAUGAUUGUCAUGGAAGGGCCCGCCUUCUCCACCAAAGCCGAGUCAUUCAUGUACCGUUCCUGGGGAGCGGGCAUAAUUGGCAUGACCGCGCUACCGGAAGCCAAGCUGGCUCGGGAAGCCGAAAUGUGUUACGCCACGAUGGCAUGGAUUACCGACUAUGACUGCUGGCACGAGUCGGAAGAAACAGUGACGGUAGAAAUGGUGGUCCAGAAUUUGCUGCAGAACGUGGCCCAUUCCAAGGAAAUGCUGCACAAGGUGAUUCCUCAGUUGGUGCCGUCAGAGAACUGUGGCUGCAAUGCGGCUUUGAAGGAUGCCAUCAUCACCGACCCCCGCGGAAUCUCGGAAGAGACUAAACAUAAGCUGAGGCCAAUUGUUGGCAAAUAUAUAAACUAA